UAUACUGGGUUCCUCGUUAGAGACGCCGGUGUGCCAAGUGUAGAAAUGGGUGUUGGAAGCAGCAGCCUAUAAAUGAAAGCAGUAUAAGGAGCAGUGCAGUUGCCCCAUUGAAGAGACAAAAAAAGCAAAAAAUAAAUCUAUGGAACGUGGAGGUAGGGUCCAUCGCUAUCGCAGGCAUGCAAAACAACCGACACCAACGACCUCUGCUACUGCUUCUACCUCUCCUGCAAGAGCGCAAACAAGAAUGUUGAAGAAUGGUUUCACUCUUAAUGUUUUCUUGAUUCCAGGCAUGAGUUCAGUGCAGACAACCAUCUGUUCGAACAUCAAUCUCCCCAGCACUCUCAGCCUCAGCAACUCAACUGCGGCACCACAAGCCCCUCAGCAGCAGCAACUCCAACCAUCUCAGUGUCUGGUGCGAGAGCAAGACCAGUACAUGCCAAUCGCAAAUGUGAUACGCAUCAUGCGCAGAAUCCUCCCACCUCAUGCUAAAAUCUCUGAUGAUGCCAAGGAGACCAUUCAAGAAUGCGUCUCUGAGUACAUCAGCUUCAUCACUGGGGAGGCUAACGACCGAUGCCAGCGUGAGCAGCGCAAAACCAUCACUGCUGAGGAUGUGCUUUGGGCUAUGGGGAAGCUUGGUUUUGACGACUAUGUUGAACCUCUUACUCUCUUCCUCAACCGCUACCGCGAAAUGGAGAAUGAGCGUAGCACCAUUCGUGACCCUAUUCUUAAGCGUAGCAGUGUUGGAGUUGUGGAUUAUGGAAAUCUUGGGAUGAAUCCUUUCAUGCCUACUUUUCCAAUGAUUCCACCUCCACAAGGCUACUUUGAUUCCAAUAUGCUUGGUGGGUAUUACAGGGAUGCUCCUGAUGGUGCUUCCGGCGCUGCUUCUGGCUCUAAUCUUGCUGCCUCAUCUGCUCCAAACUCUCUUCUUCACUUUGAUCCAUUUGCUCAGUUUAAGUGAUCUUCUCGAGAGCUGGCUAGACAAGAAAAGUAAUAUGACUCAAAGUUUUAAAAGGAAUAAAGGGAUUUUAGAAACUAUAUAGAAAGGACACAGCUGAUUAAGGAGUGGAUAGAUGGGCACUAGUGAGACAAUAGUAUGCCAUUUGUUUCUCAUCUUUGUUGCUUGCUGUUGCCAGAAUUUUAUAGACAGGCAAUGCUGGUGAGAGAAGAGACGACAAUGGUUGCUCUACUCCUGUGCUUUAAUUCUUCUCCAAAUUUUGUUGCUUUUAUCUGCUUUAGAACCUUUAUAUGUUCGUUUACCAUGCCCUUUAAUAUCGGGUGAAAGUAACAGUUUAUAUUUAUGAAAUUGAAUAUGGAACUAGUUCAAGAAAAGCUCCUCUUUCUAGCUAUGGUAUAUGCCAAACGCUGCCAAGAUGAAAUUGGUCUGGGCGAAAGAUUUGUUAGUUGUUAA